CUGUCGAGCACCCUCCUCCUCCUCCUCCUCCUCCUCCUCCACCUCUCUGCCUCCUCUUCCUCUCUCUCUCUUCACAAUGUUAACAUAACCCACCUCCUCUCCUCCCACCCCUCCCUCUCCACCUUCUCGAAUCUCCUCUCGACCACCGGCCUCGCCUCGGACCUCUCCCACCGCUCCUCUCUCACUCUCCUUGCCAUCCCGAACCCCGUUCUUGAUCCCCUUCUUCCCCAUUUCACUCCAUCCCAAUUCUCCGAUAUCCUCCGCUUCCAUGUCCUCCUCCGCUAUCUUGACCCCUCCCUCCUCCGCCAGAUCCCCCCCAGCGGCGUCCUUGUCACCACCCUCUUCCAAACCACUGGCCGUGCCGAAGAUGACAGGGGUGCCCUCAACCUCACCCGUCGCCCUGACGGAUUGAUUUCCGCCGCCCCUUCUAGGAGCCGCUACCUCAAUACUACGACGCUAGCCAAUUUUGUGACCUCUGUUCCUUACGUGAUUAGUGUAUUCUCUGUUUCGACUCUUCUAGUUCUGGAGUCUCCCGAGCUUACAACAUCGGAGACCCAUCCUCCGCCGGAGGCUUUGAUAAAUAUAACGAAGGUUUUGGCCGACUCAGGCGGGUUUGAGGUGGUGGCCGCCAUGAUAGCAGCUUCAGGAGUGGCGGCAGAGUUUGAAUCCGAUGAGCAGGGUGCAGGGAUCACUGUCUUUGCCCCGACCGACGAGGCGUUUUCCGCCCUUCCCCCUCCCGAAAAGCUCCAAGAUUUAUCAGCUGAUAAAAAAGCAGUGGUGCUUAAGUACCAUGUUCUCCAUUGCUACUACCCUUUGGGAUCUCUGGAGUCAAUUGUGAACCCAGUUCAGCCAACUCUGGCAACGGAGCAAAAGGGGGCCGGACAAUUCACGCUGAACAUCACGCGCGCGAACAACACGGUGGCCAUCGACACCGGUUUGGUGCAGGCCUCCAUAACGAGAACGGUGUUCGAUCAGAAUCCGGUGGCUGUAUUCGGGAUCUCACAUGUGCUGCUGCCAAGAGAAGUGUUUUCCGGAGUGUAUUCUUCGACAGGGGGUUCGCCAGAGUACGCGCCACCACCGGAGUUGCCUCUAGAGGCUCCGGAAACAGAGGCACAGCCGACCAGGUUCUCGGCGGCCCCCGGGAGAGACGUGGGCGCUUCCAUUGGCCGGAGGAUUGGGGUGUGGAGGGGAUUUGUGAUUAUCGGAUGGGUUUUUGCAUUUUUGUAGGGGUUUUUGCAGGUGAGAGGGUUUUUUUUUUUUUCUUUUUCUGUAAUUUAAUUUUGAUGCUGCCAAGGCAGCACAUUGAUGGAUUCUUGGAAGAGAGAGAGAAGGAAUAAAGGGGGAGGGGGUAGAGGCGCCAUUGCCACUGUAAAGGGUGGUCUAUUUUUUAUGAUUCUGUCUUUUACUUUUGCUAUCAAUCAUGAUGUAACAAAAUUAUUUUUUGUUCUUUUUCCGUUUUAUUUUAUCUG